UCAGUGCCUUGUUGGUUGCAUGGUACAGGCGUACAGCUACAGAGCUCAGUGAGCAUCGUCUGUGAUCAUGGAUGUUAACGGUCAAGUCAAAGCAUUACUGCCCGAGGUGAUCAACGGGAAAACCUUAAAGGAGCUGGAGGAAGAGACGACGGCUAACGACAAGAAAUAUGCCCACUUCGUGAAGGGUGUCAAACUGCCCUACGUCGUACCUCUGUCUACUAUUGAAGCCCUCAAAACAUUUGAGGUUCGCGAUGACGAUGUCUGUGUCGUCACGUACCCGAGGUCAGGAACCCACUGGAUGACAGAAAUAGUGAGCUUCAUCUUGAACGACGGCCGGGAUGACUUCGACCGCACUUUCAUGACUUGCACGCUGGAGGUCACUUACACGCCCGACCCAUCGAAGGUGGAGAGUACAAUUCCCGGGUAUAAAAAGUUUGAAGAAGUGAAAUCACCCAGGUGCACCAGCAGUCAUUUACCAUACAGCCUUCUUCCUCCAGAUGUAAUGAAAUCCAAGGUUGUGUACUUGGCUCGCAAUCCCAAAGACAUGCUUGUCUCCUACUUCAACUUUACGAAAGCAUAUUUGUCGCCUACGUUCCAGGACUUCAGUGUGUACCUGUGGCUUCAUUAUGCCGGAGAAAUGAUCUUCGGGUCGUGGUUUGAUCACGUGCUCGGCUAUUGGCGACAAAAGGACCAUCCGAACAUCUUGUUUAUGAACUACGAAGAUCUCCACAAGGACCUCAAGGGAUCCAUACGCACAGUAGCAAAGCACGUUGGGAAGGAUUUAUCUGAUGACGUCAUCGACCGCAUCACUGAACGCGUAAGCUUUGGAGGAAUGAAGAGUACAUACGAUAAGUUUAAAGACGUGUAUGGCGAGGCUGAGGCGCUGCAGAUGACCAACAAGUUCGGGGAAGACACGGUGUACCUCAGAAAAGGAAAAGUCGGUAAUUGGAGGAACACUUUCACAGAGGAGCAGAGCGCCCUCUUCGACAAGAUGUACGCCCUGCGAAUGGAUGGGACUGGGUUGGAGUUUGACUUUGACCCGUAAGCGACGGUUUGUAGUGCGCAUCCACAGUCGACAACCCAGAUUAGAAGAGUAAUCAAUCAUAAACGCUGUGACGAUCUUUCUUUUUUUGCUAUUGAAGCACUUUGCAAUAAUGGUAUCCGUUUUAGAAAUUGUCUGAACUGAACUUUUAAAAAGAAAACAAUAUUUUCCAAUGGGACUUUUUGUACCCGUGAAAUUCACACUGUUAGAAAAUAACUUGGAUUGGAAUGAAAUAAGAUUGACCUUGCACCAUCAGCUGACCUGGUUCUAAUCACCUGACCAGAGAUGUUUUUCAGCAGUGUAUACUUUGUUGUUGUAUUGGUGCCGCUCACAUGGUAAUGAGUGACAAUCAUUUAAGCGGGUCAAACGUUUAGUUCGAAAAUUUACAAAGGUAAACAAUAAGUCUUUACCCUAGGCCUAGCCAGUAGUUGAAAAAACAACAGCAAUUUGCUUAUCUCAGUUAUCUAGUUACUAGGCCUAAUUUUUGUUUGGUGGGAUCAACGAAAAAUAUAAUUAAUUACUCAUGAAGAUCAUUGGGAAACUACAAUACUUAAAACACAAUCCCAGCCAAUGCUCAACUGCUGAUUAAAUAAAAAAAAAUGACACUUUGAUUCAGAAAUUAUCAAUUCAAGAAAAAAAAGUUUCAAGGAUUAAACGUAUACGAGUUUUACAAAUACUCCCCCCGCCAAAAAAAUGGAAAAGACUAGAAAAAUUCAGUCAGAUUGACUGAUUUUCAUUUGCACCCAGCUGACUCUAGUUGGCUAGUCAAAUUUAACUGGUUUCUAGUCAAAUGUAAGUAGUGUUUUUUGCGUUUG